UGUUUUUCUUUUAUUUCCUUUGCAGAAAAUGAUGACCACAGGAAGUGAGUGUAAAAGAAUGAGUUUUUUAUCAGCUUCUUCAUAUUGGCUAAUCCCUUCUUGGUACUGGAUGGAAGGUUUUCUAAUCACAUUAUUUGAACUUCCUCCCACUUUUCUAAUAACUUUGUGUUAUGGUCUCUGGUUAUUAAAAGAUCAUGAAGAAUGGUUUAUAUUACAAAAUGGAAGCUACUACAAGAACUGUUAUUUCCAUAGUUUCAUUACUUUUAAUUCUUGGAAGACUUACAAUAUUUUGUAAUGGACAAAAUGUUGCUUCUGUUGCAUCUCCUUUCUUCUUUCUAUGCCAGUAUCAUCGUGACCUUGAUCAACCAGGUGAAGUUCGUGGUGAAAUAGUUUUGUCAGUUAAUAUUAAAGGUUCUCCAGAGUAUUAUGAGCCGGGUAAAGUGUAUGAAGUUACGGUUUCUUCAAGUCUUGAUUUUGAUGGCUUUCUUAUGACUGGCCUUUAUACUGCUCCAUCUGGAACAAUGAGCAAGACAAUGAACCUUUUGAAUAGCAAUUUACCUACUGAACAAGGAGGUGGACAUGGCUUAGUAUGUGCAAUAGUUCAUUCACACUUAUCUCACAGACCUGCAAAAUCUCUUAACUUUUUGUGGAUGGCACCACCAACUGGAACUGGAUGUGUAAAUUUUUUGGCAACUGCUUCUUUAGGUCAUGAAGUACUGUUUAAAGAUACAUUGGCAUUACAACUUUGUGAAGCAGGUGACUCUUCAAAAUCCACUGAAGCUCCAACUUUAAUGAGUGGUAUUCAUGAUCCAGGUCUUGUGAUAAGAGAAGACUUUGAAAACUAUGAUGAGGCUAAUUCGAAUAUUUGGUCUGAAGUAAUCAGUGGUGUCGUGAAUGAUCAAUGUGGAUCUGUACUUCAUGGUAAAGCUGCUACAUUUUGUGGUGCUACCGGACCCAGAUCAUUAACAACUGUUCCUUUGAACACAUCUAUGGCAACAACUUUACAGUUUGCAUUAGGAGUUGGAAAUUGUAGUAUUGCAAGCGAUGAACCAGUUAUUAGUGUUUUUUAUGGAACAGAUAAGUGUACAAAAUGGCACGAACUAGAACAAAUCAAAUUGCUACCAUCUACAGAAACAACUGUUCAUAUUCUGUGCUUACCUCCGAACGCUAAAUCAACAGAUGUUUGUAUUCAGUGGUAUCAAGAAAGUGUUCCCAAAAAUAAAAAUUAUAAAGGAUGCUGGGCUAUUGAUAACAUUGUAAUUAGCAGUGUAACUGAUCGUCCUAAACUAUUAGAGGAGAAUAUUGAUCCAAUUGAUCCUGGAAACUUUUUGUUCUUCCCUGGUGGUUCAGUUAAGAGGAAAUGCCAUUCAGAUGGAAAUGCUCUAGUAUUUGGUGGCCAUUGGAAGCAACAUGCUCUCAUCACACGUGACUUAGACAUGUCCACUGGCAUAGCUAGUGCUGAUAUAAUUUUUAAUGAAGAUUUCAACAAGCCUAGUUCUUCAUGGGUCAUGAAAGGUGGCCAAAUAGAUUCUCAGUGUGAAAUAUUGAAUUACAAGAAAGCUUUAGUUAUGUCUGGCAAAGGCAGUAGGAUAAUUUGCUCUCCGUAUGUGAAUGCUGUGAAAGCUGGAAACUUGCGUUUUCAUUUCUUGUUUGGAGGUGACAACUGCUCAAUUUCUCAAAAUAAUGUCCAUAUGGGACACAAUGCUCCUGUAAUUGUAUAUGCAGAAGCUUCUACUGGAGAGCAGGUUACGCUUGCAAAUGUUAUUCAUGCUGCAGUUAUGGAACCAACUCUUGUAUCUUUGCCAAUUCCUGCUGAAGCACAAAGUCCUAAAACUAGAUUUUGUUGGAGUCAAGCCUCUAAUGCUGGACAGAAUAAAGACAUAUGGGUGGUUGAUAAUGUUUUGCUCUUGCCAUUAUUACAGUCCGAAAUUACCCAUGUUAUAAAUUUUAAAGUUAACUUACAUUGUGGUGAAAACAUUACAGCAAAUGAAAUUGGUGUGGAAUUCAGCACCACAGCAGGUCAUAAUUGGCAUUCACUUCAUGAGACGUGUCUUCCUCCUGUCUGCAAUGGUAGUUAUUCUUCUCUAAAUUCUCGUCUAACUUCCCAUGAUAUGAAAGGAUGGAAUAAAAUAUCGUAUCCCAUACCAUAUGCUGCACUCAUGGAUGGUGUAAGAUUUCGUAUAAAACAGACUGGGAAAUAUCGGUCUUCAAACUGGGCUGUUGAUGAUGUUUUUAUUGGCUAUUGUCCUAAUGGUUGCAGUGGUCAUGGCAAAUGCAUAAAUGGUGGUUGCCAAUGUGAUAUGGGAUAUUUUGGACAGAAAUGUGAAUUUGCUUCGGUCACUAUACCAUCUUAUCUGUCAGAGAUGUUCCAGUCAUCCAAUGUUAACGAAUUAUCUGGCAUCGUCAAUUUAGUUGGUGGCAACUUGGGUUAUCAAUGUGGGUCUCUUGGUAGUGGUAAAGCUGUUGUGUUUGAUCAUUAUGGCCCUCGAUAUAUUAUUACCAAAGAAGUAAAUACCACAUUUGUUAGGUUUUUACAGUUUACCCUGCGUAUUGGUAGUUCAUCUAAAAAGAGUCCAUGCUUGUCUCCUGAUCACCCAUCUGAAGUUGUUUAUAUUCAUUAUUCCUGCAACGGAGGACUAACAUGGGAUUUACUGGAGUAUUUUGAGAAAUUCAAGUUCCGUGAGCCCAAAAUUGUUUUUUUAACUUUAUCAAAUGAAGCAAAGCAACAGUGGUGUAUGUUUAAGAUUUGGCAACCUUACCACUCUGGAAAAUCUGAAGAUGUAUGGGCUAUUGAUGACAUUAGCUUAUCUUCUGCUCUUUUGAAUGUUAUUAGUCUUAAUUUCAGUGACCUAAAUGCUAUGAAUACUUCCAUUCGAUAUAGUUCUGGGAUUGUCAAGAAAUAUUGCAGUUCGGAACAAAAUGCUGUGGUGUUUGACGAAGAAGUUUAUAAUGGAGUAACUAGAUCUUUAGAAACUAAAUCUAUCACCGUUGGACCCUCUUACAUGGUGCAGUUUGAUUUAUUAAUGGGUUGUGGCACUGUAUUCUCAACAGAGAAAAACAAUCAGGUUAGGUUGGAAUUUUCAACAAAUCAUGGAAUGAAUUGGUUUCCUGUUUAUAAGCCUUGUUUACCAUCGAAUGGAAGUUGUAAUGGAGUUUUCACGAAAGGAACAGUCUAUGAUGCAACUGAAUAUAGUAAAUGGAAACGGGUGACAGUCAGCCUCUUACCUGCAACGUGGUCGAGCUCAACUAGAUUUCGCUUUAUCCAACAUGAGUUUGAUACCAGUGAUAAUUGGGCAUUGGAUAAUUUAUACAUUGGACCCCAAUGCAAAGACAUGUGCAGUGGUCAUGGAAGGUGUUCUGAUGGCUCUUGUGUUUGUGAUGAUGGGUUUUUUGGCAAAAGCUGUGUACCCCAAGAUAAAUUGAAAAACAAGAUGAUUAAGAAAUUUGAAACUCCUGAUGAACUUGCUAAAGCAAAUUUUGACGUUAGUGGUGGAAGUGUUAUGGCUGCUGAUGAAGGAUGUGGUCCUAUUGGGUCUGGAUCUGCACUUUACUUCUAUCAGGAUGGAAUAAGGCAGUUAGUUACAAGUGAUAUGAAUACAGAAACCACCGAUUUUAUGCAAUUCUUUAUUCGUAUUGGAGGAGGAGAUCCCUCUACCUGUAAUAAUGCAUCCCAAAAGGAUGAGGGAGUUCUUGUUCAGUAUUCUAAUGAUGCAGGUAUAUCUUGGAGUUUAUUAAAAGAACUUGAUCCUGGAAACUAUAGAGCAUCAAGAUUGGAACAUGUUACUUUACCCCUUACUGCUCGGACUUAUAGUACAAGGGUAAGAUGGUGGCAGCCCCAGCAUUCUGGUGAAGGAAAAGACCAGUGGGCUUUAGAUGACCUUUACUUAAAUGCAGAAUCUUCAAAACCAGAAAAUUUAGAAAUAAUGCAGCAAGGUGCUGCACCAGAAGAACAAAAGCUUGUAUCUGCUAUAUCAAAAUCUGUUAUGCAACAUUAUUGUAAUUCAACCAAAAAGGUACUGUUGUUAAAUGGAGGAGAAAAGUUUAAGUUUCUCAUUACAAGACCUCUAUUUUUGAGGGAAGGCCAAGUUAUUAUGUUUAAGAUAAAUGUAGGCUGCAGUGAUAAAUUUGACUGGGCAAGUGCUGUUGAAUUGGAAUAUUCUCAUGAUAAUGGAGUGUCAUGGUCUAUAGUAGAAGAACAGUGUUACUCUGGUGUUCAAUGUUAUAGCCAUGCCCAUGAAGCUUCUAUUUAUUAUUCUGGUUUGUAUGGAACCUGGAGACGGGUUCUGGUUCCUGUUACACAUCAUUUGGCUCAAAAACAAACUUUACUAAGAUGGAAACAACAAGUCCAGAUUUCUGGUAAAUUUGGUCAGUUAACACCUUUUGCUAUUGAUGAAUUUUACAUAGGCUACCCUUGUCCUUUACAUUGUUCAGGCCAUGGUAUGUGCGAAAAUCAAAUCUGCAUUUGUGAUCCUGGUUAUCAAGGUCCUACAUGCAGCAGUAUUCAACAAAAUCCUGCUGGAAUGGUUGAUCGCUUUGACGAUACAUCUGACAUUUUUACCAAAUGGGAGGUAUUUGGUGGGCUGCUUGGUCUUGGUUGUGGAAAUCUUUCUCUAGGAAAUUCCCUUUACUUUGGCAAAACUGGCUAUCGACUUGCUCACACUAUGGAUUUGGAUACUUCAAACUUAAAAACUUUACAGUUCAUUAUUCAGUUGGGAAGCGUUCAGAAUACAGCAACGUGCCGAAGACCUCUAAACCGUAAAGAAAAUGUGUUUGUGCAAUUUUCAACUGACCACGGACUCACAUGGAAUACUCUCAGAGAACUUGAUUAUGAAGUUUUUAGUCUUAAACCAACAUCUGUUGAGUUGCCUUUUCCAAAGGAAGCAAAAUCAAGCAGUACAUCUUUUAGAUGGUGGCAACCAAUGGGAAUUAGAGGGAAAGAAAAUUCACAAUGGGCCAUUGAUAAUAUUCAAGUUCUUGGAAAUCACAAAAAUGCCAAGGGAUUCCAAGAUAAUUUCAAUCCAAUUACAAUUGAAAACUGGUUUUUGACUCAACAUGGGGCUCCUAGAGCUGGCUGUGCAGCCGCUGGACGUGCAUUAACAUUUGCUGCUGAUCACACUGAAGAACAUUAUGCUGAAACUUGGGACUUUGAAAUACAUCCUUCAUCUUUCUUACAAUAUGACAUCAAUCUAGGUUGUGGGUAUCAUGUCAACCCAUUCAAUGUGCGUCUUGAGUUUUCUUUAGACAAAGGCCGAUCAUGGUCACUCGUGGCUCCUCCAUGUUUACCUCCUGAUGUUGGUUGCAUUAGUUUUUCUUCCGGAACAAUACAUUCUUCUGAUCAAUAUAGUAACUGGACUCGAAUUACAGUCAAUCUUCCGCAGAGAGCACUUUCUCCAUCAACUAGGUUUCGUUGGAUUGAAACAAUGAGACAUUCUGGCCAUGCAUGGGCUUUGGAUAAUGUCUAUUUAGGAGAUGGUUGUCCUUGGAUUUGUUCUGGACAUGGAUAUUGUGCUGGAGAUAAGUGUGUGUGUGAUAAAGGUUUCAAGCUACCUUACUGUGUACCUGAAGAUCCAUUGCCGUGUGAAUUACGUGAUAAUUUUGACACUGGUGCAUCUAACAUGACUUCAUGGCCAGAAAUAUAUGGUGGUGAAAUUAGCACCCGCUGUGGGGUGUUGGUUAGUGGUUCAGCUUUAGUGUUUUAUAAGGAAGGAGUACGGAUGGCAGUCACGCAAGAUCUGGACCUAACAGCUGCUCAAUAUGUGCAAUUCACUCUGAAAUAUGGGUGCCAUAAUUCUGUUCCAGCCACUGUCACACGGGGAAAUGGCAUUCUUAUACAGUAUUCAAACAAUGGAGGAAUUACUUGGCAUUUAUUAAAAGAACUACAUUUUUCUGCUGAGACAUCACCGCAGUACUACAUGAUACCCCUGAAAGAUCCUUCGGCUUUAACAAAUUCAACACGAUUACGAUUCUGGCAGCCUCUAACAGUUGGUACAGAUAUCAUGCAAUGGGCCCUUGAUGAUUUCUUUGUGGGAGGAAUGAUUGUAAAACCUAAUGUUUUAUAUGAUCCAUUAAUGCAAGUUCCUCAACCAGAUGCUUGGCUCUUUUGGCCUGGCGGUGUAAUGGGCAAUUUCUGUACCAGUGAGCCCAGAUCUGCCCUAACAUUUUUAUCUAGUGAAGGAGAACGUUCAUUGUAUACAAGGGAUAUGACAGUAAUGGAUGACUAUGUUAUCGAAUUUGAAAUUAAAGUUGGUUGUGGAAUCACACUAUCACCAGAAGAUCCUGUAUAUUUGGAGUAUUCAUCUGAUCAAGGAAGGACUUGGGAAAUGGUUAAAUCUUCAUGGCUUCAUUAUGGCUCUGGUCCUGAUGGCAUUAUACAAGCUGAAACACCAUCAAUCUAUUACAGCAACAGUCAUCAUGAAUGGCAACGAGUAAUUGUUCCUCUCACUGGUUUGAAGAUAUGUGGAAACGUGCGAUUCCGAUGGACUCAAGGAUAUCACUCUCUGAGAGACUCUCCAUCUUCGUGGGCUAUUGAUAACAUAUACAUUGGACCUUCUUGUGCUUUACAUUGUAUGGGACAUGGGUUUUGCAUUAAUGGUGUCAUGUGUGAAUGUGAUGACAACUAUUACGGAGAUUUUUGUCAAAGUGGACCUCCUAAUCCUAGUUUGUUGAAAGAUAGAUUUGAUGAAAAUAAAAUUGAUUCUAAAAACUGGGAGGUUUGGAGUGGAUCUGAAAUAUCUUUGAGCUGUGGCAUAUUGAUCAGUAGUACUAGUUUAGUAUUUACUUUCCAAGGAGAAAGAGUCCUCAUGUCUAGAGAUCUUGACUUGACUUUUGUAGGCUCUAUACAAUUUUACUUGAGACUUGGUUGCAAAUCAUCUAUUCCAUCAGCAGAGGAACAGCCAGUUCUUUUACAAUAUUCCAUUGAUGGUGGUUCAACGUGGAACAUGUUGGAGCAAUUUAGUUUUGGUGAAAGUGCUCGAGUAUCUCAUCCCUCAUAUAUUGCGAUUGAACUUCCCCACCAUGCUCGCACAAAUGCAACUAAGUUAAGAUGGUGGCAACCAUCUUUUGAUGGAUCAUUUUCAGAAGAGUGGGCUUUGGAUCAGGUGUUUAUCGGAGGAGAUGCCAAUGGAGUUUCGACAUUGAAUGAUGACUUUAGCAGCACGAAAGAAGCUAAUUGGGUUCUUAACCCAGGAGCAAAGCUUGAACCUACGUGUGGAAGUAAAAAUAAUUUUCUGCAUUUCAAAGGGGCAGAUGAUAGAAGAUAUGCUGUUACAACAGAUGUGGUUGUUAGUGAAAAUACUUACAUUCAAUUUGAGCUUGUGAUGGGUUGUAAAUCAAAUUCAGCAACUUGCUAUGAAAUCUUACUGGAAUACAGUAUUGAUAUGGGAAAAACAUGGGAUCUCGUUCAGCGAGAUUGCUUGCCAAUGAAUGUGGAUUGUGCUGAUUACUUUGAGGGCAGUAUCUAUCAUUCAGAUAUGUAUGACGAUAUUACUCGCAUAUCUCUUCCUCUACCUUACUAUACAAGGACACAGACUACUAGAUUCCGAUGGAUACAACCACUUGGAUUUAAAUCCUCACAAACUUGGGCCCUGGGUCACUUAUAUGUUGGUGAAGAAUGUGAGAAUAUGUGCUCGGGUCAUGGAAAAUGUAGCUCUGGUAUUUGCAAGUGUGAUGAUGGUUGGACUGGUGGUGAUUGUGGAGAAUGUAAAUCUUCAUUGCCAACAGGAUUAAGAGAUACAUUCCAAACAGAGCCUUCCUCUAGUAAAUACUCUUUAGUUGUUGGAGGGAUGUUAUCUGAACUAUGUGGACCUGUAGCAUCUGGCUCUUCUUUGCACUUUUAUGGAAGUUGCAGUCGUCAGUUAGUAACUAAAGAUCUGAAUCUAAAAUCAGCCACUAUCAUUACUUUUUAUUUCCGAUAUGGUUGUAUAUCACCACCUACUUCUAGCAACAACACUGUUUUUCUGCAAUAUUCAUUAAAUGGUGGUAUAACAUGGAAAUCAUUAAAAGAGUUGUAUUUUAAGAGCUACAUUUAUCCCAGCUAUGUUGUUGUACCUUUAAAUGAAGAAGCAAGAGGAAGUGUUGUCCGUAUUCGCUGGUGGCAACCUCAUCAUGGUGGUAGAGCACAACAUGACUGGGCUGUUGAUAACAUAUUUAUUGGAGGAGAGUUGCAGGCACCAGAAAAAUAUCUUUCACUGGAAGAGGGACAUUUUUUGGUUGAGAGUGAGUGGCUGACUGCCACUCAUAUUGCUAACGAAAAAUACUGCCAUAGUAAUCACAAAGUGGCUGUUGGGAAAUCCAUAAGCAAUGAAAAUGCCAUCAUGGAGACUAUUGAUAUUCACGUGAAAAAACAUUAUGUACUGGAAUUUAUGCUCUCCGUUGGUUGUAAUGAGAGUUGGGAAGAUCCAGGUGUACCUGUUAAACUAGAAUAUUCUGUUGAUUUUGGUGAAACUUGGCAAGAAAUGAGUAAAAAAUGUCUUCCAAUGGAACUUUCCUGCCCUGGCGUGGCUCAAUAUCCAUCCAUAUACUUUGCACCAGUUCCUUGGCAACGUUUUAUUUUUCCAUUGAAUGGAGAUAUUAUCUCUAAGUGGACUCGAUUUCGGUGGAUGCAAGUAGCUACCCAAGAUGCAAUACCUUCUCAUAUGUGGGCAAUCAAGGAUGUUUAUAUUGGCCCACAAUGUCCCCAUCAUUGUCAUGGUCAUGGAUCUUGUGUUGAACUAAAAUGUAAAUGUGACAAGGGAUACCUGGGAGAUAUUUGUUCCAAAACAGAAGAUAGACCUGUAUUUUUGAAAGAAAGUUUCGAUGGUAAAGAUUUCGAUCCAACCUUCUGGAAGUAUGUAGUUGGUGGUAAAAUUGGUCUUCCUUGUUCAGUUUUGGUUGAAGACUUUGCUGCAGUUUUCAGUGGUCCUGGACCUCGAGUUUUGGAGACAGUUGAUUUAGAUUUGAGAGAUGCUAAGUUCAUCCAGUUUGUUGCACAAAUUGGAGGAUAUGGGGAUAAUUUAGCUUGUAUUGGAGCAACUUCACGUAAUCAUAAUGCAUAUCUUCAGUAUUCAAAGAAUGGAGGCAUUAGAUGGUAUCUAUUACAUGAACUAGACUAUUCUAUUUAUGCACAACCACAUCAUGAUCACAUACUCAUUCCUGAAGAUGCUAGAACAGCAUCUACUCGCAUUCGAUGGUGGCAACCUUCUGGUUUUGUGGGAGAAGAACUUCUACCAGCACUCUCAUUGGAUGAUAUUUACAUAGGUGGAUCAGAAAUUAAUGCUUUUGAACUUUUUGACGAUUUUGAAGACGUUAACGGACCCGAACCAACAAACUGGUGGUUUAGUCCUUACUCUAAAGUGGAAAAUGUUUAUUGCUCUCGUCCCAGUCCUGCUCUUACGUGGAAAAAAGACUCUGACAUUGAAGAGAGAGGAAUUGUAGCAAGGGAGAUGAUUGUAGAAAACGAGUUUAUGAUUCAGUUUAAGAUAGCUGUUGGAUGUGGUGAAUAUACAGACAAUUGCUUGACUAAUAAUAGUAUACGAUUAGAAUAUUCUAAAGAGCCUGGAUCUGGUAACUGGGAAUUGGUGAACAGAGCUUGUUUUCCAAGUAGUACCAUUGAUUCAGAAUGUGCACCUAAUGAAUUCCAUUCUUCUUCAAUCUAUUCAACUAACACUCACAAGAAAUGGACUCUUGUAAUGCUGUACUUGCCUGAGAAAACCUUUUCUAGUACCACUCAAUUCCGAUGGAUACAAGAUACACCCACAAAUAUUCCCAAACCUCGAAAUCUUCCUGCAUGGGCUAUAGAUGAUGUUUACAUUGGAGAAGCUUGUCCUUCACUUUGUCAUGGAAAAGGAGUUUGCAUCAAAGGAAAAUGUCACUGUGAUCUUGGAUAUUCAGGCAAUGAUUGCAAACCAUCAAGAACACUUACUGCUGCUCGGAUUCUACCGACCACGUUUCUGGAUUCUUUUGAAAAUGGUCUUUCUGCUGACCUCUGGGAAUUGGUAAAAGGCGGAUGGAUUAAUCAGGAAUGUGGUUCCCUAGCUCCCCAUGGUGGUGGCAAGCACAUGUAUAUGGGUGAAUGUGGAAAACGAGAAAUAGUCACCAAGGAGCUUGAUGCCUCUACUGCCAGCAAACUGAUGUUUGUACUGCGUAUUGGAACAGAGGAAGGUUUCUCACAAUGCCAUGUAAACUUGCAACAUCCUCUCUCAUCAGACAAGUCUGUGAUUCUCCAAUAUAGUAUUAAUGAUGGUAUUUCGUGGGAAUUUAUUGCGCUUCAUUCGGCUAUGGAUUUCAAAAAGCCGAGAAGACUAGUUUAUGAAAUUCCAGAGGCUGCUAAAGUUUAUGGUGUUCGAUUCCGAUGGUGGCAACCUUUUCAUGAAGGUAGAGGGUAUGAUCAGUGGGCUUUAGAUAAUGUUGAAAUUGUUAGUACUCCUUAUGAUCAGAGACGUUAUCAAAAUGCUGCCGGAUAUAGGAGGCCUGGAGCUUAGUUAUGUCUUAGAUAUAGGAGGCCUGGAGCUUAGUUAUGUAUUAGUGUGUGUGAAUUUUAAAAGACUAUUCAACAUUUUUUUUUUUUCAUUUGAGCAUAAUUUUUCUAAUUUUGUAAUUUGUUUUUAUAGUUUUUUGUAAUAUAACUAAUCUAUUUCAUGUUGUACAUUUUUAAGCAUUUCUAUUCACUUUUAUAUUUUUGUAAAGAAUUUUUAUAAUAAAGUACGUUAGUUAUUAUGUUUUGAUAUGUAUUGGUGCAUGUGCAAGUUAAUUAAAAGAAUAAUAACAGCUUGCUGACAAGGAAAAUAAAAUGUAACUUUCUUGAAA